AUCUACGGCAAACAGGACUUUACAGAUCAUCUACUGGACACAAGUAUUUGUUGAAGAUGGAUAAUGCAAAAACUGGAAAAAAGGAACCCCAGCUGAGGAUGGUGCUCUUGGGAAAAACUGGAUGUGGAAAAAGUGCUUCAGGAAACACCAUCCUAGGGGCAAAAUGUUUUGCAUCAAAACCCUCUUCAUCGUCAGUGACACAAGAAUGCUGCAAAGAGACGAGACACCUUGGUGACCAGGAUCUGACUGUUGUUGAUACUCCUGGCCUGUUCAACACCAAAAAAGACAAGAAGGACACGAUGAAGGAGAUCAUUAGGUUCCUCAUAUCGAUCGCCCCAGGCCCUCAUGCAUUCCUGUGGGUGAUGAAGCCAGACAGCUUCACAAGAGAAGCCAAAGAUUCAAUGGAAAUGUUCAAGAAAGUCUUCAAACCAGCCAGAAAGUACACCAUCAUCCUGUUUACCCAUAAAACAGAAGAGGAGGUGAAGGUCUUUAUUAAAAGGAACAAAUAUGUGGAGAAGUUCAUCAAACAGUGCAGAGGUUACCACGUUUUUGACAACUCCCACCCUGAUGAUGACGAAGUUUUGAAACUUGUGGAGAAGAUCAACAACAUGGUGCAGAAAAACGGAAAGCCCUACUGCAGCAGCCUGUUAGGAAAAGCCAUGGCCGCCAUAGAGGAGCUGAAAAAACAGCCUGAGGCACAAGCAGCAGAGGAUCCUGAAAAGUGGGCCCUAAUGCGUUUUGAGAAAUACAUCGAUGAAGGCAUAAAGUUCCUAGAGGGGAAGGUUCCCUUCCUUAAGGAGUUCCUUGAUAUCCUGGUUAAGGUGGCUGAAAAAUACACCUGUGAACCUGUCACUGUCAGGGUGGCAGUGACGGCAGCCAAAGUGUGGGAGCAGAGGGGAAAAAAGGAACCCCAGCUGAGGAUGGUGCUCUUGGGAAAAACUGGAUGUGGAAAAAGUGCUUCAGGAAACACCAUCCUAGGGGCAAAAUGUUUUGCAUCAAAACCCUCUUCAUCGUCAGUGACACAAGAAUGCUGCAAAGAGACGAGACACCUUGGUGACCAGGAUCUGACUGUUGUUGAUACUCCUGGCCUGUUCAACACCAAAAAAGACAAGAAGGACACGAUGAAGGAGAUCAUUAGGUUCCUCAUAUCGAUCGCCCCAGGCCCUCAUGCAUUCCUGUGGGUGAUGAAGCCAGACAGCUUCACAAGAGAAGCCAAAGAUUCAAUGGAAAUGUUCAAGAAAGUCUUCAAACCAGCCAGAAAGUACACCAUCAUCCUGUUUACCCAUAAAACAGAAGAGGAGGUGAAGGUCUUUAUUAAAAGGAACAAAUAUGUGGAGAAGUUCAUCAAACAGUGCAGAGGUUACCACGUUUUUGACAACUCCAACCCUGAUGAUGACGAAGUUUUGAAACUUGUGGAGAAGAUCAACAACAUGGUGCAGAAAAACGGAAAGCCCUACUGCAGCAGCCUGUUAGGAAAAGCCAUGGCCGCCAUAGAGGAGCUGAAAAAACAGCCUGAGGCACAAGCAGCAGAGGAUUCUGAAAAGUGGGCCCUAAUGCGUUUUGAGAAAUACAUCGAUGAAGGCAUAAAGUUCCUAGAGGGGAAGGUUCCCUUCCUUAAGGAGUUCCUUGAUAUCCUGGUUAAGGUGGCUGAAAAAUACACCUAAGAUUCACAGUGACUGAGCGAGCUAGAGAUCAAACCCCCGACCAUCAUCAUGCUAAGAGCUGACAGACUCGGGCUUUCCCUUUUCAACAGUUGUUGUGUGCAGAGUCUUCCAUCUGAGCUGCUGAAGCUUGUAACUCCUUCUGAGUUGUGAUAGGUGUUUUGGAGGCCUCUCUCACUAGCCUCCUUCUUAGACGGUCACUCAGUUUGUGAGGACAGCCUCAUCCAGGCACAUGUGCCAUAUUCCUUCCAUUUCUUGAUGAUGGAUUUAACUGAUCUACAGGGGAUGUUGAAUACCUGGGAUUUUUUUUGUAUCCAUCCCCUGACUUGUACUUUCCAGUAACUUUUCUCAGAGUGUUCUUUUGUCUUUAUGGGGCAAUGGUAGCCAGGAAUUCUGAUCAACCAGUGACUGGACCUUAUCGACACUAAUGUCUUUAUGCUACAAUCACUUGAGAGACAUUCACUGCGCUCAGGUGAUUUUCCAGCAGGGUUUCCAUAGGUGUUGCAAGCUGUUUGGACCACGUUUGUUUUCCUGUCAUUCAUUUGUAAAACCAUCCAGCAGUUGGCGCCAUCGAGACUCUGUCAGAGAGUUUCAGUCUGACUGAUUUAUGGUUCAUGGGUAGAUCUGACCCCACAAGGAUUGUCUGUAUGAUUUGUUGCACUGACACUGGAAGCUUUGAGUUAUUACAGUCAGAUUUUAUUUUUGCUUCUUUGUUGGGAUUAAGGGAAUCUUUGUAUGCUUUCUCUGCUAGUAAGUGAUUCUAAAAUGUCUGCAAACUUGAGGUCAAACCCAGUGGGUUUGUCUUUUCCUGGAUCACCAUCCUCUUCUUCAUGUGUUUUUAUCACUGAUUUUUAACAUUCACUGUGAAUCACGUUUUCUGAUUAUGAGAGCUCAUAUAAAUAAAGUAAAGGCUGAGAAAUG